ACAGACAGCUGUAUUACCAGAACCAUCAUCCCACCCCAUUUUCAGAGAACAGGACAAUGGCUGGUGUCAAUGAGUGUAUGAAGUAUUCAAUGUUCUAUGUGAAUUUUAUGUUCUGGCUCGUUGGAUGUUUUGUACUUGGAUUUUCACUUUGCCUGAGAAUGAACAUAAAUAGCCACGUCCUUUCCUCAGACAUUCCUACUCUUGACCUUCUGAUCGCUAGUGGAUUUGUGAUCACUUUGCUUGGCUUUCUUGGUUGCUUUGGUGCCAUUACAGAAAGUCGAUGUAUGCUGCUUCUGUUUUUUGUAGGCCUACUCAUCCUCUUCUUGCUUUUGUCUGCAGCUGGAUUUAGUGUCAUCAUUUUCAAAUCCAAGAUCAGACAGACAGUAGCAGAAUCAUUACGAGCAUACAUUCCUUUAAACCAGCAACUGCGGGACUUCCAGGACAACAUCAAUAACUUGCAAGAACAGGCCAAGUGUUGUGGACUGAUUAAUGGCCCCCAAGACUGGAGCGAGGGGGCACCGGACACAUGUAACUGCAAGCCUCCUGACACCUGCACAGUGUAUCGCAACAAGAGUGUCUUCAAGGAGUCUUGUGAGAUGUUUGUGGCGAAACUUCUGCAGAGGAAUUUGGCAUUGAUUGUGGCCAUGGUCUUUCUCCUCACCGUCCUCAUGAUCAUUGGACUGGCCUUUUCACUGUCACUCUACUGUCAAAUUUUCAGUAAAAAGAAUAGAUAAAUAAAUUUGA